AUGCACCACGGUUCGACAUCUCAGGUGCCCAGAAAAAACCUUGACUACGAAAAAACAGAGUGGCAGAUCCAAAGGCACCCACACACUUGUACGCAAUCUAUGGACGGUCAUUCUGGGCCAGAAUUGGCUUCAUCAGCCACCUACGUGCUGGCAGUCGCCUGUCCAGUGGCUAGAUGUAUUUUCUACAUACUGAGGUAUUAUCUGAAAAAAUACCAAGGCAUUACUCUCACUGUGGAGUCGAGCAAAGUUAUUUGGUUCAAGAAUCUGACGUGUUCCUACGACUCAAGAUUUUAUUUUUCAUUAGGUAGUCUGUGGAUUAGCAGUUCCUACGUCAACUAUUUAUACAGGAAGCCAAUAACCAUUUGCCUGCACAAUCUGAUAUACCACAACAACAACAACAACAACAACAACAAUAAUAAUAAUCAUAUAAAAGAUAAUGGUAAUGAUUAUGGUAAUCAGAGAAAGAUAGAUAUCAUAGAUAAUGAUAAAGGUACUGAUGAUGGUAGCCGUAGUGGCAGUCAUGAUGAUGAUCGUGGUGGUAGUGGUGGUGGUGGUAGGUAUGAUGAUGAUCCUGGUGCCUCAGCCAAAAAGUUGAAAUCUGGAAAAAAAUUAACCAUCAUUGUCAGCGUUCUAAAAGUUAUUUCUAAGGUUUGUUCCUUCAGUUUAGUGCUACUCUCCAUGAGGGGACUGUCGUUUAGAUGUCUUCCCUGUCUUGUUUCACUGGAGAAGAAUGAUGAUGAUGAUGAUAAUGGUGAUGGUAGUGGUGUAAAAUCAUCAUCAUCAUCAUCGACGGCCACGCUGGAAGUGGUGACGGAUGUUGAAGUUGAUUUGUUGUGUUUCACUGGACAGCAGACUGACCUGUCCACCAUUGUCGUUGUCAAGAAUAUUGAGGCCCAGUUGAAGACAUUGCAAGUCACAUUCAGUCAAGAAUUCAUCCGGACUUCACUGUUGAGGCAUGGAGUUAACUCUCACAGUGAUAACGAUAUUCAUAACAAAAACAAUAAUCAAAAUAAUAAUAAUAAUAAUCAAUAUAAUUAUAAUAAUAAUAAUCAAAAUAAUUAUAAUAAUAAUAAUAUUAACAAGCCAAAAAGUAAAUCUUUGAUGAGGCUACUGAAUUACAUUCCACAGUACAGCAACGAUGACCUGACCCUGGCCUUGACCCAAGGAGUUCAAGGUUGUCAGGUAACCUACAAACAUUCGGAGGUCGUUUACCUUAUGAAGCUUGUUGAACUUUGUUGUGCGGAUGUCAUUGAGAUGAAAAGGAGGGGGAGGAAGAUGCCACACCAUCAAUACAAGACUCUGUUGCAAUCUUCCUCAAUACAACCACCACCAUCGUCACCAAUGGCAUCACCACUAUCGUCAACACCACUGCAACUAAAACUGGAUUUCAACGUGAGUGAAGUGGUGAUAAUGAUGCCACUUGGUGGACAAGAUGGCGGCGGUGGCGGCAGUGGUGGUGGUAGUGGUGGCGACUGCAACGUAGUGUGCGGUCUCUCAACGUUUAGAAUGGUCUUCAAUAAGAUCAAUAAUAAUGUUAGUAAGACCUCGGACAAAACAGUGGACAUCGAGAUGACGAACUUUUUCUCCAGGAGUCAUGAUAACGAUAGCAGUGACAACAGCAGCGGUUAUGAUAAUAGUCGUGGCGUCUUUGGUGGUACAAGUGGUGGUGGUGGUAGUAGUAGUGGUGGUGGUUUAGGUGGUGGGGGUUUUCUUAGAGUGGGUGACGUCACGAAUAAUUACAAGAAACACCAUUGGGGCGUGAUGUUUUAUACCGGGCUUAUAAUAUCAAAGACCAGCUUAUACAGCAAGCAGCCAAUCAGUGUGGAAAGUAUGAUUGACAGCUUACAGUUCGAGUUAACUCCGCCCAUAAUUAAUUCCCUCCAAUCAUUGGUCGAUAAUGUCCUCUUUGAUCUGUUCAAGUCUUUUCUUAGUAUUAAAAAUUUAGUGAAAUAUUCAAAGGUUAAAUGUGAUAAUGAUUGUGGCCAAGCUUCUACUACUACUACUACUGCUGCUGCUGCUGCUGCUGCUGCUACUACUACUUCUACUACUACUGCGGCUAACAACAAUGGCGGGGGUGAUGAUAAUGAUGCAGUAGGCGGGGCCAAGGGUGACAUCACGAUGAGCUUGCAGAUUAUUGGCUUAAAUGGGUUUCUUUGCCAUGAAAAUAUGACAACAGUGAUGGUGAGAGUGAAUUCACUGACGGUACCGUCUUGCAAUCACAACAACCUCAUCAUCAACGUCAUCGGCAUCAAGUCAUCAUACUUCAUCAGGAAUAAUAAGUUUAUAAGCACAAGCAUCAAAUCGGACCCUAGCAAUGACGUCAUCGACCUUUCAACUGUCAACGUCAACUUUGACCUCCAACAGAGGAGGCUGAACAUAGACGCAUCUGAGACGUUAAAAGUGAGGUGGUCAUACGCUGUCCACUUGUGCUUCCACACUGUCCUCUCGCAUGUCUUUGAUGUUUAUCAUGGUGGUUUUGAGUACGAAGGUUUCGACAACGAAUUCAACAAAGAUGGCGCUGAUGACAUCACGAUCGAAAACAACAACAAUAAUAAUAACAACAAUAAUAAUAAUAAUAACAAAAGCAAACGUAGGCAUAAAAAUAAUAAUAAAAAUAAGAAUAGGAAGCCCAAUCUGCUUGAGAGUAAAAGUAAUGAUGUCGUCGGUGAUGGGGGUUGCGGUAAUGAUUACGAGAGAGAUAGUGGUGGAAAGGAGAGGAGGAAGUUGGAGUGUAGUUUCGACCUGUGCUCGCUCUCCCUACACAUCAGACUCUCUCCUGAUCAUUUUUCUCAAGUGAGGGCAGAGGAGGUGAGGGUCCGUAAGCAGAGUUGCACGGUCCUUAAGAUGGCCUCUCUCACCGUUUCAUCCGAUCAGUUCACCUUCAUUGACGCUAAGGAAGUGCAUUUGACGUACGACCGCUACGGCAACCGGUUGAGGAACCAAAGAUCAAAUAUAAAAGGUUUCCAGCAGACGACAAACAGGCUGUUUGUUUUCGAAGCGCACACUUUUUCAAUUCUUUUCGCGUAUGAUUACCUCUUCUACGCUUGGUUGGAAGAGGUUAAAUGUUUAAGAAAGUGGAUCAGAUUGAAGUACUUCAAGAGAGCAAAGAUUAAUGUUAACAACGACAACAACAACAACAGCAACGACAAUAAAGAUAACAUCAACAACAAUAGCAGCAGCAGCAACAACAACAACAUCAGUUUUAACAACAUCAACAACAUCAACAACAAAAAUGUGAUCAACUUCGACUUUAGCGACAUCAACGACAUUCACAGUCGCAUCAAGCAGAAGAAGAGCAGUGAUAACACUAACGAUGAUGGUGACGUUGGUGGUUCAAAUUCAGAGAAGCCCAUCAAGACAUCAAUUGAUGUCAUCAUAAAUGUUGAUCUCUUCACCAUUGAAAUAUCAGACGAUCCUUUCGAAGUUAAGCUGGGCGACAAUUACGAGCUGCUGUGUGAUGAGGAUGUUGAGAACGUGAGAAGGAUGCAGGCCAUGGAUAAGAGAAUCGAGGAGAUGAGGAUGAAUGCUUUCAUUUCCGAGAGUGCAGUGGAGUCGUUGUACGCCGUUCUGAACGAGCGCACAUCCCAGGUGUACGUGCAGCGCGCCAAGCAGAUGUACGCGCAGACGCCGAUGCGUUCGUCACUGUGCGCGUGUCCUUUAUCGGAUGACGUUGAAUUUUCCACGUUGUUCCUGAGGGAGUUGCGCCUGCAUUCCUCCACGACCACCUUCCAACUCAGGGACUUCCCUCAACCCAUGCUGGAUAUCUGCGAGUGGGAGGUCGUGGGGAGACUGGCUGCUGCUGAACAGGAGGGAGGAGAGAGAAGUCGCCGGUGGACCACGAUUGACUUCGGAGAGCCCUGGGGCAGAGCCAACGUGCCCAGGAACAUGUCCCCUGUCAAGUUCUUCUACAAUCUGAAGAAUGAUAUGAAAAGUUUUACGCUGACGUACGGUUCCUGCUGGGAGCCAAUCAUAUCUCAAGUUUCUCUGUCACUCAACAAAAUUUUUCGCCCAUCACUGGACCCCAGUCCUCCACUUCCGUUCUGGGAUAAGUUUCGUCAUAUUUUGCACGGAGAUUUCGUAGUAAAUGCUGCCAGGUGUCGUCUGAUGUGUCAUGCUUCCAUGGAUCCUUACAAUGAUACGGAGUUUAUGGAUUGGUUGUGGAGCGAGGUUAAAUUCCAUGGAAAUCUUGAGAUCCUGCUGAGAGCAGCUUCUAAGUAUGAUGAGUGUUGCAUCAUCAAGUGGAAUGAUCUUCAGCUGAUGCUUUGUACUCGAACCCAGUCAUUGCAACAGCAAGAACAGGCGCCUUUAGCCAUUGAGCCAUCACGCCGCCAAAUGUCUUAUAACUCAGCGACAACAUCGGCUACAGCGACACCAUCAUCGGCGCCAGAACUGCUGCCGUCAGCGUCAUCAUUAUCAUUACCGAUAUCAUCGUCGACCCGCCCUUUAUCAUCCUCGGCUUCGUCGUCAUCAUUGACGUCAUCAUUAAGGAGGGGUUCGAAAACAGCAGCAGGUGUGGCGGCUUCGUCGGCGUCAUCGUCGUCUUCACCACCGAAUCAGAGGAGAGCUGCUUCUGUUUCGUGUUUGUGUUACGCCUCGACAAUUAGGUGGAUGAACAAUUUGAAGGUGGUUGUGCUAGAUGAGCUCCUCGAUGAACUCUAUCACAACCAACAUGCCUUCUUAUCAUUAUGUUGUAUCAUAUUGAUUUUCUGUUACAGGCAGCUAAUAUUAAUCAUGGAGAUCCCGGACAUACGCUGUUCCUAUUGGAGCUCCUUCAGGCAGAGCUACGGGGCAGAGCUAUUCAGCCGACCAAUCACCUUGGACCUUUCAUUAGCUAUUGAAACGCUGACAAAUAGGACGUCAGUGUACAACUUGACCGGAAAACGUCAUAAGGAAAAGAAUGGUGAUGAUAAUAGUAGUGCUGAUGGUGCCGGUGCUGAUGAUGAUCGUAGAGAUGGUGGCGGUAAUGAUGUUGAGGAGGAGGAAGAGGAAGUGGUGUUGGUGAGGAGGCCGAUGAGGAAAUACGAAAUUAUGAACUUCCGCUCACAAUUUGAUGACGUAUCAAUAUGGCUGUCUUGCGCUAAUUAUAUGAAGAAGACAAAGUUUAAGUUUGAGAAAAACGAAUCAAAUUUUUUGCUCAGUGUUGACAAAAUAAUUUACAAGAGGGCAGAACAAAAUGGCCUAUUUAAGAACCCGUCCGAGGGUGCCACCCACGAAGUAACAGUAGAGAACUUGAAGGGCUGCUGGACCCCCUACAAUAGGGACAUUGCCUUUGCCCUCUACGACUCCCACAUCAAAUCUCAGAUGUUGGUCAGGAACCUCUCUUCCGAUGCCCUCAAAAGCAUCAAACUCGAAUCCACCGGAACUACUCCUAAGAGAAGCAACACAUCCCUAUCGUCCGAGUUCAUCUUCUCCCCCCAGCCGUCCACCCACACCUCGGAGGCACUUCUACAGAAACUUAUCAGGGAGAGUAACAGCAAGUUCGUGGCGGUCCAUGAAGAGUUAUCAGUUGGCGAAGUUGAUAUGAACCAUCUACAAGCUUAUUACGUCUGCAAGAUGGAUGACGUCACCGUAAAAAACUGGAAAGUGACCCUGAUAAACAGUCAGGUGAUGUUGAGUGGGUGUGAGACGUCGGGUUGCAUCAUCAUGAGCACCCCUAGCGCCUCCCUCCUGGCCUGCCACCACGCCCCCAUCUUCACCCAAAACCACCAAGUUCGCAGUAAGUCAUCCAUUGUCGGCUCGGUGGAGUCUAUGCAGUACUACGCAACAAUAACGGACAACAUCAACUUGGAGAAUAUUGAGUGGCUAUCGACCAGAGACAUUGAAGAUAGGCAGUCUACCAGUUCCGAGGUCUGCUCCUUGACCAUUGAGAACCUCAUCAAUAACAUGGAUAAUAUACAGGUCUUCGAGGACACGUCAUCUUCAUACUCGGACGCCCUGAAAACUCAGGAGGGUGUGGAUGCGUUCACUCUCGUGCACAACGAACUGAACAUCUCCACUAACUCCGUGCAGUAUGCCACAGCACUUGACAUCAUAAACAACCUCUUGCUGUACGUGGAGCCCAAACGAAAAGAACUGUCGGAAAAGUUGAUGGACAUGAGGUUCAAGUUGCAGUUGAGCAGUGACGCUGACCUCAGGUCGCCCAUCUUCAACAAGCAGACCAAACUAAGGAAAUUGGUUGAGAGGACGAAAUUUUUAGAAAAAGAAGUCUAUCUGUCUCAAAAAUCUGAAGAACUUAAACAAGAGGUAGACGCGCUGCUGGAUGAGUUGCAAGAGACCAAAACACAAAUGAACCAUCUCAGUGAUGAGUUAGCUCUCAUGUUGAGUUGCUUCCGGGAGAGUCAAGUGCAGCUGCAGCAGUCGCUGCGUCAGUCGCAGUCAGCCGUCAGGAAGGAGGUGAUGAUGACGAGGAAGAUUGACCUGUUUCUGAGACACGUCGAGUGGAGGAUGAAUGAGAAGGAUGGACAGAUCGGAAUAUCCCAUAUCGUUCUUUCUAACUUCUUGUACACGAAAACAAUGCACGAGAACGAUUGCGGUAGCCAUCAACUGGAAUUGGGGCGAUGCCACGUGACCAAUCUUCUGCCGGAAGACCAGCAAUAUAGGGUGGUGUUGGAGCCCCAAUCAGACAGCAGGGGAGGGGCUGCUUGUGUGGACCACAGAAGUUCGGUCGUCAGGGUUCUCUGCAAAUUUAAACCACCUGUUGGCGGCAUAUCAAUCAAGGAACAUUUCGAAGUGAACGUGGCCCCUCUGAAUAUUCAAAUAACAGCAAGAUUCUACUCUGUCGUCAUGGCGUUCUUCUUCCCCGGUAAGCCCGUGGAAAGCGACGACGAAGGAGAUGCAGAGGAUGCAGUCACGACAACCUCAACGAGGCAGACACCAACAACGUCAACGACGGCGUUUCAAUCAUCAUCGACGUCUCAGUUGACAUUUCGUAAGGAACAUCAACAACAACAACCACAUCAGCAGCAGCAACAGCAGCUACAUCAGCCACAAGGAAAGUUUUCCAGUUUGAGAAAGAAGACCAACAUCAUCACUGCUUCCGUUAAUGAUAUAGAUAAGAUGAAAGAGAGGGCAGCCAUGAACAACAUGUUCCUUAGUAUAAAAAUACCUGAGAUUCCUAUUAGAGUCAGUUACAAGAGCGAGAAAGAGAAGCACAUAAUGAACAUCAGCAACUUCCAGUUCCUCUCCCCACUCCUAGAGUACCACAACCAGACCUGGAGCUGGCAUGACUUGACCAUGAAUAUCAAGAAGGAGUGCAAGAAAGUUAUUAUCACUCAG